UUAUAUUACCGUUACAUAAGCAAUCGGAGGUAUAUGCGAUGCGCUCGCGCAGCGUGCUGGUCGUUUCCUUACGCCUGCUUGGGGCCCUGGUGAUCGUAGCCCAGGCGGGGCCCGCGGCGACCGAGACCCUGGGGCCCUUGACUGCGGGCCUGCCGCCGUUCCUGGCUACCAAUUUUGAAGAACUAGUGAAAACUGCUGCGGCCAGUUGUGAGAUACUGCCCCUGGAGGUCCUGUUCUCCAGAGAGUACACGUCGGAGUUGCCCCUGCUGGACGUGGUGGAGUUCACCCGCGCCGGCCGCCGCUCCUACCGCGUCUCUAACGCCCAUCAUCGCCUCCGCGAACACCCGCGCCCCACCUCCCUCAUCGUCUACGUCCCCGGCUGGCUCAACUCCCCCGACGACGAAGCCUCACAAGCCCUAGUCUCAGCCUUACUCAGAAAAAACCCAAUAGUCCUAGUUCUCGACACCCGCCUGGCCUUCCAUCGAGGAUAUAUCUCUUCAGCUUCAAGAGUCAAGGCUUUGGCCAAUCUUUUGUACAGCUUCAUUAAAAAUGUCUAUAGAGAAGGCAUGCCUUUAUCUGCUGUGCAUCUCAUAGGAUUCAGUCUUGGAGCUCAUGUUGCUGGAAUCACAGGAAAAUUAGUCAAGAAUGGAUUAAAAGAAAAGAUCGGAAGAAUUACGGCUCUAGAUCCGGCAAAACCUUGUUUUGUAAGAUUAAGUGAUUACAGGCUGGAUAAAAAUGAUGCUCAGUUCGUACAGGUAGUCCAUUCCAGUGCAGGAAUUUUGGGUUUGGAGAAUCCUUUAGGUCAUGCUGAUGUGUACGUAAACGGAGUGUUGGUGAAACAACCUGAAUGCCGGGAUCGGAGCAUAACUUUAGAGUGCGACCACGCGCAGGCGUGGAGACUGUACUCUGAGUCCGUCCAGAACGACAGGUCCCUCAUGGGCAGGGAAUGCCGGUCGUGGAACGAACUGAUGAGAGGAGAAUGCAGUGGGAACGAGACUGUGGUAGGAUACUCCUGCAGUGCAUCUUCCAGGGGAAUGUUUUUGUAUAAAUCUAAUAUGGCUAGAAGCAGACGAAGAGAACCGCGAUUUCAAGUUUUCAAUCCUUUCGACCCAUUUUCGUGGUUAUAAAACGAUAUUUUAAGAAAUUGUAAACCCAGACCAAUACAUUUUGGUUUCGUAUACCUCAUGCGUGUGUGAUACAAUAGCUGUGAUAUUAGAUGUACUCUAGACAAUACGCGUUUGUACAAUAAAGGCAAUUUUAGUUUAUAUUUUUUUUAUUCUUAUUGUCAACAGAUACAACUUAAAAAUAAAACCUUUUAACGGGUGGUUCAGGGAUAUCAGUAAUAUUUACUUGUUUAGUUUCUUCGAAGCAGGUGACAGGUAUAUCUUGAAGCUCUUCACUAUUAGAUGGGGCCUUAACAAGUUUGGUGUGGGUUCUGACCAGAA